ACAACCUCAGGGCCCCUUUUUACAGUCACGUACCAAUCCAGCAUCCUGCUGAGGUGUCAUUAGAUACUCUCGGCCUCCCGGGAGCAACUGCACUGCUCUCAACUUUGGACCAUUUUCUGACCUUGAGAGCUGGGGUGUGUACCUUACAGGGGCCCACUUUUCACCUCUAACCUUCUGCUUUUAUUGCCAAUGCUGAGUUAAUGAAGUGUUGAAGUAUUUUAAAGCAGAAGAUGAGACCAGGAGAAGCUUAGUCCUACUCAUUUUGUCUUGGAAAUUCACCAAUCUACAUAAUACAGUAUUGCAAAUUAAAGUAUUCAUCAUCCUACUCUUAAAAAUUAGGUAAUAACUGUUAUAUCCACACAACUGAAAAAAGCCUCCAAAAGAGUUGCUACUUUUUUAAUGACUGGUCAAUGACAAAAACUAAUUUCCAAUUUCACUCAGGAAUUUAUUGCAUAGUAGAGACUGAUUAUUAUACAUCUUACUCAGAAUACACAGGGUAAUGUAGAGUCUCAGCAAUAUUUUGUAUUGCGUUUCAACCAUUUGUGGCCCUGGACCACAAAACCAGUCUUAAGUGCCAGUUUUUGGAGAGGUAUACGUAAUCUGAGAGCUGAAUAAAUAAUCUCCCCAUUUAUGUAUGAUUUGUUAGGAUAGGACAGUAUUUGGCCGAGAUACAACUAUUUGAAAAUCUGGAAUCUGAGGGUGCAAAAAAAUAAAUAAUGAAAAUCACCUUUAAAAUCCAAAUGAAAUUCUUAGCAAUGCAUAUCACUAAUCAAAAAUUACGUUUUUAUAUAUUUGUGGUAGGAAAUACAAAAAAAAAUAAAAAUAAUUGGCAUUAAAUAAGAAUGUUUAAUUUUUACCCAUACAAUGUUUUUUUUUUUUUUUUUUGUCCAUUGCUAAAAAUAUACCCCAACCAAUACCCCAAGACUGGUUUUGUGGUUCAGGGUCACACUUGUAUUUCGUUUCGAUCUAUUGGAAUGAAAUAUUCUUUUGAUCAGUUUAACUGUACCCUGUCGUCAUCAAUUUACUUAUCACUGAGAACUUUCUUCCAACAAACAUGAUCAAUACCACUAUGAUCCACUGAAUAGAAAAGAAUACGUUUGAAAUCAGGUGUUGUGAAUCAGGCAGUUUCAACAGAAAAGAGUACUGUGUACUGUAUACACAUGAAUGUUAUAAGUAAAUACAGCUGGAUAAAACAAAUUGUUUGUCUUCAUUUCAGGCUGCAAAGCAAUAAACUGUGAUUAUUUUAAAGGGGGUGGUUCUUUUCUAUAGCCACUGUAUGCCUAUAGCACAAUCUUUUAUUUUAUCUUUUAUAUUUAUCCAUGAUCUGUCUAGAGUCUAGACACAAGCACAAAAAAUUCUCUAACAGUAGGUUUUCACACUUGUUCAAUUUAGCAGCCUGUCUCGAAGCUGUUUUAUAUUUAGGUGGAUUAAGGCCUAAGCUGUGGUCGAGUGCACAGUUAGUCUACUCCAAUAUUUAUGUGAUUAGCAGAAAAUUAUGAUAUAUUGUCAAUUAAUUCAUAUAAAUAUUAAGUUUAGAUGUGUUUUGGGAAACACACACACUUCUGAUAAGGACCCUUUCUCCAAAAAGCUUGUCUACAACACAAAUGUAAUGUCCUCCUGUAUAUUUCAUCAUAUCCUUAAACCUGAAGUUUAUUCUUUAAUGAAUUAGAUGGGUUUCCUAUUGCAAUCUGAGCCUGUUCCCUUUUAAGGUAAGAUAUUAUUUUUUGAUUGUUAAUUUCACGAUUGGCUCCCUUCAAGGUUUAAUGAGACAAUUUUAGCAUCACUCAUAACCUACCACCCAUAAAUUAUAUGAGUAGACUGAGGAAAGAUAUCUGAAGUUUGGCCUCAGAGAAGACAUGAUAGGCACUCACAAAGCAAAACAUAAUUUCACCAAUUUGUGUGAAGCACAAGUGCACAAGUGGGCAUUCAAACCUAUUUUUCAUUCCUAGAAAUUCAUUAUAUUUUCUCGCCUUGACCUGUCAUCCACCUUUUCAGACAGCAUCCGCAUUAACUUUUCUGUUUCACUUAACUUGUUUCUGUCAAGGUAGCAUUGUCUUCGAGACCCUGCGCUCUGUGUUCUUAAAACAUUUAGUGUGGUCUUCAACACACUGCAAACCAGACCAUUUGUCAUCUGAAACGUUGCUGAUACACUCUGUGACUUUGCAUGUAAACUUAAGUGAGUAGCCACAUUCGCCUCUGCUCUGCAGAUUUCAUUGGACUUUUGGACCUAAUUCAUAUUCAUCCAUCCUUGCUAGACAUGUUGUUGCUCCAAAACAAAGCCUAAUUCAGAUGUGAAAUUAACUUUUUAGGUAAAUGUUGAAACCAUUUUAAGUGGUAAAGGUGCUAAUCUCUCAGCACAUAAACUCACAAAAACACAUCAUUCCGUGGCAGAAGGAAGUGUCACUUACAAACCACAAUCAUGCUACUUGUACACCAGAGUGAGCUUUUACUAGAAAACCUCAAACUUCAUAUUCACAUCACCAAAUGGCAGAUGACCAUGGAGUAUCACAACAUUUCUAACAACUCUCUGUUUGUCCGUACCUCAGCAGUAGCAUCCAGCACUGUUCUUGGAUUGUGCUGUGCGCUGGGUGUACCCGGUAAUGUAGCGGCGCUGGUCAUGCUCGCCCAGCAUUUAAAGGAUGACAGUUUCACCCCAAAACUGAUGUUGAGUCUGGCUGUCUCGGAUCUAUUGAGUCUGAUAUUUCUGCCUGUGUGGAUUAAUGCCCUUCUGAACGGCUGGGUUUUUGGCCAAGGUCUGUGUAAGUUAUUUUCCUAUGUAGUGUACUGGAGCCUCUACAGUAGUGUGCUUUCUGUCACUUUGUUGAGUGUGCAAAGGUACCUGCAGGUGCUGUAUCCACAGAGAUGGGCCAAGCUCGGGCAGAAGGGACAAAAGUGGCUGAUUUUUGGAAUAUGGACAUUAAGUGGAGCUCUGGGUUCUUAUGCUCUUUAUUACAGAAACGUGAAGCAGAAGGCUGGGCUUCUACGCUGUUAUCAGGAUUAUAAGAAUAAACAAGAAAAAAUAGUCAUCUUAUUUGUCGAAACUCUAGUGAUGUUUUUUGUGCCUGUCUUCAGCCUGUUGUGUUUCUACCUUCAACUUCACCAACGGAUAAAUCAGUCAGUUUCCUUCAGAAGCCACAGGCUGACAAAACUGUCUGUCAGGAUCGUAGUGGCCUUCUUCAUAUUUGGGACCCCUGCUAUGAUCAACAACUUGGUCUUAAUGGCAAUGCCAUGGGAAUCAGAUGGCAGCAACAAUAUAACUGGCGCUCUUUUCUUUAUUAACAGUUGUGUGAACCCCUUUCUUUAUGCCUUCUCAGCUCGAACGCUGCGAUGCAGAAGAAAACAGCAUUCAGAUCAGCCACAAGAAAAUCUGAAAGUUAGUAAACACACUCAGACUAAAAAUGUGCACUUCCUUUACUCCUCUGACUAAAAGUGCACAUCUGCUGGCAUCUGUUUCUAUUAUUAGUGUUUGUUUUAGUGUGUUCUUUUUUUAUCUUACUGUAUCUAAAGUCCGUACAAAGCUUUUCAUCAUACUUUGUUUCCUCAACAUUCGUCUCCUCAAAUUGAAUAUACAUUACUCCUUCACAUUUACAUUGGGCCUUAUUUUACAGGGUUUUCUUAAAAUUUAAUUGUGUACUAAUCUAGCUUAUACUUUGAACUUGACAUUGUGUAUAAAUAUCAGCAUUUAUAACAAAUUGCUUGAGAUUUUCCUAAUUUGUAAGUCACUUUGUAAAAAGCAUUUAUUAAAUUAAUACAUUUAAGCUAAAUGCCCUCCAUAAGUUAAAAUAUAUUUUAACACACACACACACAAACAGUAUACAUUCAGACAAAUGUAGUUUAAUAAAGGUAUGUUUUAACUAGAACUGAAAUUCUAUUAUUCUUGUUAGGUUGGGAUCAGUUUUUAUAUUGUUUAUUGGAAAGUUGAUGCAUUUGUUUUAAAUAUCUAAUUUACAAUUUAUUUUAUUUACAAUAGUCUAUCUAUCUGCUGAUCACAAAAAUGAUUCGAUACUUCCUUAUAUUUAACAUUUCUUUACUGCUUAAAUUCUGCUGAAAACAUGUUAUGGUUUCCUGUAACAACAUGCGUGAGUAACCCUAGUCAGCAGUGGUUACAGAAAGUGGGUAGGCCUUAAUUCACAUCGCCCAGCUCAAUUUCAGACAAAGUGACUGUGAUCAUUAUGCUUUGUUGAAAAUAAAAUUGCAUAAUUGCAUUCCAUUUAUAAGGUUGUAUUAUUUAGACAAAUUACCACAUGUGGAAUUAUAUAUGGAAUUAUAUACAUAACAAAAAAGUGUGAAACAAGUGAAAAUAUAUCAUAUUCUAGGUUCUUCAAAGUAGCCACCUUUUGCUUUGAUUACUGCUUUGCACACUCUUGGCAUUCUCUUGAUGAGCUUCAAGAGGUAGUCACCUGAAAUGGUCUUCCAACAGUCUUGAAGGAGUUCCCCGAGAGAUGCUUAGCACUUGUUGGCCCUUUUGCCUUCUGUCUGCGGUCCAGCUCACCCCUAAACCAUCUCGAUUGGGUUCAGGUCCGGUGACUGUGGAGGCCAGGUCAUCUGGCGCAGCACCCCAUCACUCGCCUUCUUGGUCAAAUAGUCCUUGAUGCCUUCAGUGUGACUC